AUGGAAGGUCACCAUGGGUUCGACCAACGACAUCCUCCACCAGAGGACCCGCAGAAUCCCGCCUUCGAAGCCGUGGCCGAUGGGAAUUUGUCGAAUUUAUCCAACGAGUGGUCGCGGAACGUAGACGUGAAUUUCGACUGGGAUGUAUUGAACGACACUUAUCAUCCUUUCGUGGACUUUCAAAAUGGAGAAUGGCCUCAUUUGACGAUACCCGAUGAUCCCAGUUUCUAUCAAAAUCUUCCAACAUCAGCAGUGCCAGAUCAAACCCAAUAUUCCCAGAAUUUAAUGAACGAUGAUAUCGGGAACCCUCAAUAUCUCUCCCACAAUUCACAGGCUGCAGUAUACCCAGACUUCAACAACGUGUCACAAUGGCUUGACGGAGCUUAUUCGCCACCAAAACCCUGCAGCUACUGUCGGCGGCACCGGCUCCAGUGUCUGAUUAUUCGCACUGCUCCGGCUAACCCAAACCCCAUCACUUCGUGUUCUAGCUGUGUGGCCUUGUUUCGAGAGUGCAGUCUUGCUCGAGGAGAGAAACGUCAACCAUCGGGGUUUGAGACUAUGUCUCCUGUCUUUGGUAAUCUCCAUGGACUUGCGGAGGAUGUGGACGAUGUGGUAGGGCAAGUGGAAGGUUCAAGGGGAGUGGUAGGGCCAGAAGAAGACCGGAAAGAAUCGAAGCAGUUUGUGAGAAAGGGGGCAAGGGUGUUGAGGGAUUGGUACCGCCAACACCAAGAAUAUCCCUAUCCGUCCGAAGGGGAAAAGAGCGCUCUUGCAAACGAAACUGGAUUCUCAAAGCAGCGUGUGUCAACGUGGUUUGCAAAUGCUCGCAGGCGACAGAAGCAAAAGUUACAGUCUUCACGGCCGCCGACUCAAGUCUUCCGUUCCGGCUCACCUAUGCCUUCCAUGACACCGAUGGAAAGAUGGCAAGCAUCUCCACCGGAAGAUGAAGCCGUUCCGGAAUCGGCUAUUCAAAACGCUAUUGCAACUAGUGGGCCUGGCGUUGACAUGAGCUCGAGCUUAUCAGAGGCCAAUGAUUUCAACUAUCUUUUUAAUCUGGACGAAAGUUCGUCCCAUCUCGAUUCCUCUCUCCCCAGUGUCGGGAGCAGACAAUCCGAAGCAUCAUCCGACAGUCAGUCAUCUGCUUGGAGUCAUAAUUCAGCAGGAGAAGGCGGCUUACCGUUUCCUUCACUCCCGAAGCGAACACGGCUAAGGCAUAGACGAGGCCGUCAACGACGAACAACAGAGGAGGGUCCCUAUCAAUGUACAUUUUGCACGCAAUCGUUCCAGAAAAAGCACGACUGGUCAAGACAUGAAAAAACUGUACAUCUAUCGUUAGAAUCAUGGGUUUGUACACCGGAUCUGCUUAACCUCCAAUCGUUGGCACCGACGUCAGCUGAAUGCAGGUUCUGUGAGACCACAUCCCCAUCUCAAGCACACUGGGAGGAUCACGAAUUUAAAGUCUGUGCGGCGAAGCCUAUAGAGGAGAGAUCAUUCACACGGAAAGACUAUCUAUGGCAACACUUGAAGAAAUUUCACGGAUGCACAAAGUUACCAGUCGCGCGACUGGAAAGUUGGCGAUGCGAGGCCAACAAUGUCUCAAGUCGAUGUGGCUUCUGCGAAGCGACAUUACCAAACUGGUCAACACGGAUGGACCAUCUAGCUGGGCAUUUCAAACAAGGGUUACGGAUGACACAAUGGGAAGGCGACUGGGGGCUGGAACCAUCCGUUCUGGCAUACCUACGGAAUGCGGCUUUGCCUUCUGAGAGGAUGAUGGCAGCUGGACUUUCAGGUGCUACUUGA